AUGCCUUUUUCAGCGGCAAUUAACCUGCUCCUCCCGCUCCUACUCGCGUCUUCCUCUCUCGCAGGCGUCGUGCCCAUACCGAUAUGGAAGCAGCCAGCCUCAGCUAGAGACCACACCCGGCGAGACAUCCAUUCUCGCGCAACGGUAUUAGAACAGCUUGACAACAGCCAUCUGCGCGGGUCCUACUAUGCCAACAUCACAGUCGGGACGCCUCCGCAGCCCAUCUCGGUAAUCCUGGAUACUGGAAGCAGCGAUUUAUGGAUUCUUGCCAAAACGGCCAAUGUCUGCCUUAAUCCUAAACCCAUCAAGCAAUUGCCCGGAGAUGUAGGGUGUAUUGGAGGAACCUAUGAUCACCUCAAAUCCUCUACAUAUAACAAGCUAAUAAGCAACGGCUUCCAAAUCCAAUAUGUCGACCAAACAGGGAGCACCGGCGAUUACAUAUCGGAGACUGUUUCCUUCAAUGGGCAAAACAAGAGCAAUAAUGCGAUAAAAAAGCUACAAAUCGGCCUUGCGAGCACCAGUACACUCCCCGUUGGAGUCAUGGGCGUAGGCUACAACUCGUCAGUAGCCGCGGCUACAGUCUACCCAAACAUCAUUGAUCAAAUGGUCAACCAGGGGUUGAUUAACACACGCGCCUACUCACUUUGGCUCGACGACCUCUCAGCCGCCACCGGACAGGUCCUCUUCGGCGGCAUCGACACGGCCAAAUACGACGGCUCUCUCUCCAUCCUACCCCUUCUAGGCGAUGACAAGGGCGGGAGGCCCACCUCGUUCGCCGUCGCCCUGAACGGUAUCUCCGUCGGCCACAAAGGCAAAAUGACCUCCAUAACCUCCUCCGACUUCGCCAUCCCCGUCAUCCUUGACUCCGGCACCACACACACCCUCCUCCCCAAAGCCGUCGUGAAGUCCGUCAUCAGGGGUCUCGGCGCAUACGACUUCACCUCCCAAAUCGGCGCCAUCCUCGUCGACUGCGGACUCCGCAGCCAGAACCCGGAUUUCAUCCUCGGUUUCCAAUUCGGCAACUCUACCACCGCGCCAACUAUCAAUGUCAAUCUCAGCGAGCUGAUCCUCGAUUUCCCCAGCCUCGACCAGGCACAGGUCAAAGACUCAUUCCAGUCAUGGGACAGCGUAUGCUACCUCGCCAUGGCAGAUAGCAGCACCGUGACCGACCACCCCAUCUACCUCCUCGGCGACGCCUUCCUGCGCUCCGCGUACGUGGUGUACGAUAUUGAUAACGACGAGAUCGGGAUCGCGCAGUCGAACUUUAAUAGUGAGACGAACAAGAUUGUUGAGAUCAUGGCUGGCCAGAAGAUCCUGUCUAUUAAGGGACAGCCGGAUAAUCCGAGCAAAGUAGUGCCGACGGCGACCCGCGAGGCGGGGUUUACGGGGCUCGUUAAGUCGACGAAGGGCGCGGAGACGAGUAGUGCUGCUGUUGCUCGCGCGGUGCCGAGUGGAGGAGGCGCGGCGCUGGUUGUGAUGGCGGUGUGGCUUUGUUUUGCGGGUUUGGGGGGGUUGAUGAUUGUUGUUUGA